GCGUGUGUUUUUCGAGCCGCGUCAAUUCACCCUUAGCAAAACGGAAAAUCUUGUUGCGGCACAAUUUACUUGGUGCGGUUUUUCGUUUAACUAAAGCACAAUUCGAGAUUUCGAGAGUUCUGGUUUAAAUUAAACCACCCACCCCGAUAUCUUCCAUCCACAUCCAAACGGUUUCGCGUGAAUGCAUAUAGUUCCAACGCACAAAUAUUCGCUCUUUAUCGCAAAAGCGUUGUUCCAGCGAUGGUGUGAGCUGUUAGCAGUUAAGGGUCCCAAGUAAAGUGAAGUGUUUUUUGCGACGCCCGUUGCGUGUUUGUGCGACGGAAGUGAUACACAGCCGCGGUAUUCACCGAGAGGAACGCCCAACCAUUCGGACGACGUAGACCUGCUGCGUUAUCUGCAUUCCAGCAGAGAAGUGCGUGUGCAACAAGUGGCCGGAAAAAAGGGCUACAAUCUCGUUUAUCCGCAAAAUUGCUGACUGUGUGUUGAAUAGCGGCAGUGGUCGCCGCGCGUGUGUUAAUUUUCUACCCUUGGUACUUUUGGUGCGUGUGCUGUUUUUCUCGCUUUAAUUUCUGGCGACGUAAAUCCCCUAGAAAGUGGUUAAUUUUUUGGAAGUCAUCUUUACCAUCGUUUGUGCAAGGGAGUCGUCUGACCGCGGGAGAGAAGCGUGUAAAAAAGUGAAAUCAUCAUAUCUUGUGCGGGUGGUGCGAGCUUUUUUUUUCUUCCCCGUUUUUUGGGGUGGUUUUGUUUGACGCCAAAGAAGUAACGGUACGAGAGCGGCCGAAGGAAGGUCCAAAGGUGCGGUGGGAGCCUGUGUAUAAUGUGCAGCACGGCAGAAGCAGCAUUUGCGGCAGCUUGGGUUGGUUUGUGAUGAGCUGAUUUUCGAGAGCGAAUUCCGACUGCGUGAAGAAAAAUCAACGGACGGAUGAAAAGUGCUCCCAAAGUGAAGUGAAAAAAAGGGAAAAAAGCGUUUCAGUGAGCAGCGAAUCAAGAAAGAAGCAGAAAAAACGCCGCCUAUUGUGGAAAAGAAAGAGGAGAAACAAGAGCAACAGAAGCAACAAAAAAAAAAGAAUCGUGCAACACAGUGCUAAGCGUCUGUGCGUGCGUUGCAGUGGUAGUGGUGGUUGUGUAUUGUUGGCGUCGCGGCUUCGGUGUGUUGAAAUCAAAUCAAAAUGGGUUGUGCAGUGAGUAGAGAUAAGGAAGCCAUCGAGCGGUCGAAAAAUAUUGACCGUGCGCUACGUGCCGAUGGUGAAAGGGCGGCCAGCGAGGUGAAGCUGUUGCUUUUAGGAGCGGGCGAGUCGGGCAAAUCUACGAUCGUAAAACAGAUGAAAAUCAUACACGAAACUGGGUACUCGCUGGAGGAAUGCGAACAAUAUCGGCCGGUCGUGUACAGCAACACCAUACAGAGCCUGAUGGCGAUCAUUCGGGCGAUGGGGCAGCUGCGGAUCGAUUUUGCCGACCCGAGCAAAACGGAUAUCGCGCGCCAAUUCUUCACGUACGCAUCGGCAACGGAAGCGGAAGGUGAGCUGACACCGGAACUGGUCGCGCUGAUGAAAAAACUGUGGACCGACCCGGGCGUGCAGCAGUGUUUCGCGCGUUCCCGCGAAUACCAGCUAAACGAUUCGGCCGCAUACUAUCUGAAUUCGCUCGAUCGUAUCUCGCAGCUGAACUACAUCCCGACGCAGCAGGAUGUGUUGCGAACGCGCGUCAAAACGACCGGCAUCGUGGAGACACACUUUAGCUUUAAGUCCAUACAUUUCAAAAUGUUCGACGUCGGUGGUCAGCGAUCGGAGCGAAAGAAAUGGAUACAUUGCUUCGAAGGUGUAACGGCCAUUAUAUUCUGUGUGGCAUUAUCGGGCUACGAUUUAGUGCUUGCAGAGGACGAAGAAAUGAACCGUAUGAUCGAAUCGAUGAAGCUGUUCGAUUCGAUAUGCAAUUCCAAGUGGUUCGUCGAAACGUCCAUCAUACUGUUCCUGAACAAGAAGGAUCUGUUCGAAGAGAAGAUCGUACGAUCGCCGUUGACAAUCUGUUUUCCAGAGUAUAGCGGUUCCAACACAUACGAGGAAGCAUCCAGCUACAUCCGGAUGAAGUUCGAAAAUUUAAACAGACGAAAAGAUCAGAAGGAAAUCUACACCCACCUAACGUGCGCCACCGACACCAGCAACAUUCAGUUCGUGUUCGAUGCCGUCUCCGAUGUGAUCAUCAAGAAUAAUCUUAAGGACUGUGGGCUGUUUUAAGCAAAGGCAGGCACAUAUGGUGGUUAUACAGCUGUAUCAGCAGCAGCAGGAACAGCAGGGGCAGCUACAAUAGGGUACAGUGGUGUGGUGGUGUAGUCCACGAAACCAGAUUGACCCGUUGGUGUGCUUUUACCUAUUUUUCGUUACUAGUUUAAUUUAUAGCUACCAACAAAAGCUAUAUCCUCCUAUUAAUAUUUUCCUUAUGUAUUUUCCCUUUGUGUGGUCGUGAUAUGCGGUUAACAUAUCGCCCCAUUACUUAUUAUAUGUUCACGUAUAGAACAAUUCCCCAUACGCGGUAUUCAUUGCUUGGUGCCCUUAAGAACUUAAUUGAUCCUCUGCUGAUUUUGAGCCAUUUGUGGAGUUGGUUCCUGGGAAAUCAAUAAGCAACGACUAAAUUGACAACGGUUCCAACGUAAAUCAUGUUGGUCCCAUCUGGUAUUGUUCAUAGUGCUGCAGAGGCGUGCACCAAACAAAUGAAGGCUACGCAUCGGACUAUUCUUACAAUCGUAAUUUAAAACAUUCAUCACGAUGCUCCUUAUUUUCCCCCCAUUUUGGGGCACGCAUUCCUCCAAGCGGCCCUUUUUGUAAGCGUACAGGAUUUUUGUUUUCAUUUCUUUCUCGCAACUGCGUCUUGUUUUCCAAACUGCUUAUUUAUAAGCCUAGUGUUGUAAGAUUAUUUUCACAUUAUUAUCUUUUAAAAUUCGCCCCCUUAAUGUAUAGGUUAGUGUAGGCACAAAUUAAAUAGAUAUAGACAAAAGGGGAUGGUUGCGGGAGAAAGAGGGGAAGAGAUUGGUAGAAAUGAACAAUGGAGAUGUUUUGUUGACGAUUCUUCUUUAUGUAUGUGUAUGUGCUUAAUGUACGCUAGACUUCGAAGCAUAUUGAAUGCAAAAGUUGUAGGGAAGUAAUGAUGAAAGUGACAGUGUUUAUGAAAAGCAUUGAUCAGCCGCAUACACAUGCACAAUAGUUAGCAUCAGCUAGGAAACAACAAAAAAUCCACAAUUAUAAAUGGAUUUAUCGCGCAAACCCCAAAAAACCAACCCGUUACAAUACGAUCCCGAUAAAUGGACAAGAGUAGGUUUCGAGAUUAUCGAUAUUGUUACACGGAUACGCUCUUCUUGGACAAAGAUAAAGAGAAGCCUAGUCUCUUUUCGAAGUCUGUCCCAAUUUCCGUUUUAGAACGAAACACGCCGAAAGGUUUGCUAUUUUUAAUGUAUUUUUUAAGCCCAGGCAUCGCGUAGAGCUUUCAAAAAGAUUGAUUUUUUUUUCAUCAUUUUCUCAUUGUACUCUCUUGAUAUUGUCGAUUUAAGUCAUGGACAAGUGUCCCGUUUCCCGAAACCAUUGUCCCUUCUCCAAGAAGGGAAAGGCAUUUCAUUUCGUUGUUCAUUCACGUACUGUUCGCUUAUUUAAAACAGUUUUGUCUUUGCUUCGCAAUGUGUCUCCUUUGAAAGGGUGUAAAGCAUGCAACUCCUACCCCAACAUGUGCUGCAACACAGUAAAUGAGCUUCAUUAAUUCCAAUCGAAAUCGUUGCGCUAGGCUUAUCACCAGCAAAACGCAUACAUAUGUGAACCGGCUGGCUUAUUGUUGCGCACUAUAUCCGAUCCGCGGUGGAUCGAAAAAGCGAAGGGAGCAUUGUGUAUGAUCCAUGAUCGCGUGUGCACAAAUGUUGAUGAUCACACACUGUUGUUACCGAUCGCCGGUUAUUUAGAACGUAAGAGUUAAACGAAAACAAACGUGUAGCGCCAAUUCCAGCGCGUGUUUUUUCCCCCCAUUGUGGGACCGGCACCGGUUUUGAGAGGUUGCUAAAUUAUAAAGGAACAAAAAACGUUAAAAAACAAACACACAGAACAGCUAUUUCGUUUCUUCACCCAAACAGGGUAAAUAUGGGUUAGUAGACCUAUGCGACAGUGAUCGGGCGGUGUUUUCGGUGACAAAAUUUAAUCAGCAAAUCAUAUACAUACGCACAAAUGAAGUUUGAAACAUCUCAGCCAGAUGAUAGAAGAAUUUAUUUUGUAAUGAACGUACAUAUAUAACUAUAUAUAUACAUAUCUACAGUGGAACGCCGAUUAUCCGGGUGCCAUUUAACACGUUAAGCGCCGCAUCACUUUUGUGUUGUUAAUGGUUUGGUCGCCUGGCAGCAUCAUCCAAAGUCGGGUACUACUAAAUUCUGUUCAAAAAUCAAAGUAAGCUUUGACAGCGGUCCCACGGUAACUAUUGCUAUUUUUGACACGGCGUAGAACGUUUAAACCGGCUGCCUGAUUAUCCGUGCAGCUCGGAAAUAAUAGUUCCAAAGGAAAUUCGACAUAUUCCAUGCAGUAUCGCUGACGGAAAAAAAUAAAAACCCAAUUUUAUAAGAUAAAAAGAACUCAAAUUCUAAAUAACAAAACAACUACUUUUUUUUGCAACAAUAAACCACACACAGGAAAAAUAAAUUUGACGCUAAUUUUCAUCAUGAAAUAGGAAAUGUUCCUAUUAUCCGUGUCAUCCCACUAGCCAGCAGCGAGUCGAGUCCCGAUGUGCAAUUUCUGCAUUUUUAACACACUCCCUACGUUGUGAAAACUUGCUCCCUUACACUUUCGCAAACGACCUGUCUUUCGUUUCGUUUCAUGCCACUCGUUCAACGUCCUUCUUAUUCCGUAUUUUAUUUUAUUUUCGUCCUGUUCGUGACACGAUCAGAUCUAACUGUUUGAAAUUUCGUUCGAAACAUUUAACGUAUUAUUUUGAAAUAGAGUGUAAAUAGAAAAAUUAACACGUUGGAUAUCAGAUCAUCAGAACUGUACAUAUAUAUUUGUAUAAAAGAAAAUCAUAUUGAUGAUUCGCUGAAGGGAGAAAAAAUACAUUAAACACGAAUUUGUUUGUGGUGCGAUAUAACAACAAAAGUAGGAUAAAUUGUUAAGAACAAGGAUAUUGAAUUGGCUAACGGGAAGGAAGCUGUUAUCCGCUACCUUUAUCGCCUAAUCGCAUUAGCUACUACAGCGGCGUGAAAACCGGGGGUGGGCCACACGCUCUUAUCUGUUGUUUUCCCUCCCCUGUUAAUUCCCCUCAUAUAUUUGGCCAAAACGUUCGGGUAGUACCUUUACUUUUGUAUGCAAAUUUCGACAAAAUCUGCCCAAAAGAUAAUAGUGAAAAGGCCCCCCA